GAAAACAUCGCGGCCAUCGCGCAUGUGACUCGUGACUGCUUUGCCUAAUGGUGUCGACAAUUAACGACCCGUGCCAAUACUGCCAAUCAAUUUAUUGAAGAAGAAGCGUAAAGGUGUAAACGUCGUUGCAUUUUCUGUCCCUAAUCUGAAAUGGGACUUCAUUAGCGCUGCUCCUGCAAAUAGGUAUUUCGGAUAGCUGGUUAAGCUGGUGCUGGCGAGGAUUGCCGAGAAAGCGGAGCUGUCUGCUGUCAAUGAGCCGACCAUGACUGACUGGUAUCAAGCGAAAAUCCUGCGUCUGUGCGAAUUGAACAAUGUCGAGGACAAGAAGGACCUUCUCACGGACAUCAAGCUUAAAUUCGGCGCUUUGAAUAACCGGGACGCCGAGCAGGUCGCCCGUAGCUUGGACUACGGGCCGUUCUAUUCGCAGCUAACCUCGAACGACACUAACGACAGAGAAGUCGUAGAGCAGAUAUGCGAUAUUCUGGCAAUUUUGUUCAGCAUAUUGGAACCUGGGGAAAUCUAUCAGAAAUAUUUAGUUCAAGUAUCCGCUUUAAUAACCAAUCCACAUGCUUGCGUGAGAUUGCUUGUGCUGCGUGAAUUUCUGCGUACGGCCUUGCAUCCGGAAAAGAUAUUUCAGUUGCUCGCAGACACCACCCUUCUGAUUUCAAUUAUAAACCGAAUCGGCGAUGACGACUUGAAUGUCGCCGAAUGCGCGAUGAGCAUAGUGAAGAAGAUUGGAGAAAAUCCAAAUGGCUUGUGCAUCUUGUAUAAGGGCGAGCUCCUGAGAACGUUCGCCCGGCUGUUGCAGAACGAUACCAUUAGCUUUCGCAUUUACGAAGUAAUUGUGGACAUUGCCAAAACAUCUCACGAGGCUCUGGAGGUAUCGGCCCAAUCGGGCUUUUUGAACAGUUUAAUCAACGUACUGGAGAACGAGGAUAUACUGCUUCAAUUGAAUGCCUUGGAGAUAUUGACUCAAUUAGCCGUGUUCGAGGAGGGUCUGAGUUACCUGGAGCAACAGGACGUUCUGAACAAGCUAGUUCAGAAAAUAGCACAUGUCGACGACAAUCCCUUGUCGAAUCUUUUGAUCCCCGGAUUGAUGAAGUUCUUCGGUAACGUCGCGCGUCACUGGCCGAACGAGUUAUUCUCCCGAUAUCCCGUGAUAAUCUCCGCGCUUUUCGACGUGAUAGACAGCGGGGAUCAGAAUAUUCUGGGUCCUGCGUUGGAUACCUUGGGAUUUGUGUCCGCGAGCAUCGAAGGCAAGUACGCGUUGCAAGCCCUGGGAGACGCGAUGCCGAGCGCUCUUAAGAAAGUCGCCGAGAUAGUACAGAAAAUGCCGACUGCUCUGAGAAUUCGCGGCUUGAAUAAUCUCGCCCUUAUACUCGAGGUCAAGAGAGUCGAACAGGACAACAGAAUUUUAUCCCUAACGAAGCUGUGGUUUGAUUCGCUGUGCGACGAUCCGUUGGGUAUGAUUGUGGAGAUAUGCAGACAACCGUUCGUCGAUAUCAGACAGGCCGGUUUGGAGGUGCUGGCCGUUAUUAGUUCGCAAGUAUGGGGGCAAGAAUACAUAUCCACGUAUCCUGGUUUAGUAGAGUUCCUAUUAGACAGAAAUAUCGAGUCGUUCAAAGAGUGUAAAAAUGCAAAAUACGAAGUCGUGAAACGUUUGUCUCAAGCGGAGCGAGAUAUAUUCGACGCUGAUACCAUCCAGAAAUUCAAGCGGUUCGUUCACGAAGGCCCAUACUUUGUCGAGGUUAAUACGGAGGUCGCGAUAGAGGGUGCUUCGUAAAGGGGAGAAUAAUUUUUUGCAUUAAUAUUAAAUAUUAAUGUUAAAGAUUAUGUUACGCAUAACAUGAUAACAUGAACAACUUCAGUGAGAGAUAGAAAUAAAUAUUUAUUUUUUCUUUUAUUCGUAAAAAAGAAGGUAUUGAUUACCACAGAAGGUUUGAUCUUUGUUCUCGCAUUUAGUACAAAUAAGCCAACGUUAUUGAAGUACUUAUACUUGAGCUGCGUUCCGAUAUUCACUGCAAGUACUGAAAAUCUAUAGUUUACGUAACGUACACUAUACAUUUUCAGUACUGACA